UAGGUAUGAUGUCAUAAGGUGUUUUCAUUUAGUUCGGGCGGGUUAUGAGACAUUGUUAAUGUUGUGAUUUUUUUUAAUAUUGUGAGCUAUUGCUUUAUUAUAAAAACCAUUUGACAGUUUCUAUAACUCGCGUAUAAGUUUAAAUAUUUAAACAAAAUGCCUGGAUUGGAAGGAGCAGCACUCUUGGGCAACAUGUUUUGUUCUCGCUGUGGUGAUGGUUUUGAACCAAAUGAAAAGAUUGUCAAUUCCAAUGGGGAAUUAUGGCACGGAAAAUGUUUUGUAUGUGCCCAAUGCUUCCGAGUAUUUGCAGAUGGUGUCUUUUAUGAAUUUGAAGGACGCAAAUACUGUGAACACGAUUUUCAGGUUCUUUUUGCCCCUUGUUGCAAUAAAUGUGGUGAAUUUGUGAUUGGGCGAGUUAUUAAAGCUAUGGCAGCAAACUGGCAUCCUCAUUGCUUCCGAUGCCAACAUUGUCAAAAGGAACUGGCAGAUACUGGAUUCAUAAGAAACCAAGGACGUGCUUUAUGUCAUGAAUGCAAUGCUAAAGAUAAAGCAAGAUGUUUAGGAAAACAUGUGUGCCAUAAAUGCCAUGGAUUGAUUGAUGAUGCUCCGUUGAGAUUCAGAGGUGAGGUAUACCAUGGAUAUCAUUUUAACUGCACUGCUUGUGGUAUUGAACUCGAUAGUAGUGCAAGAGAAGUCAGGAGCCGACCUGGUUUUGCUGCUAAUGAUAUGAAUGAGCUGUAUUGUCUACGUUGUCAUGACAAAAUGGGAAUACCAAUUUGCGGUGCCUGUAGACGACCAAUUGAAGAAAGGGUGGUAACUGCUUUAGGAAAACAUUGGCAUGUUGAGCAUUUCGUAUGUGCAAAAUGUGAAAAGCCAUUCUUGGGUCACAGGCAUUAUGAGAAAAAGGGACUUGCAUAUUGUGAAACACACUAUCACCAACUUUUUGGAAAUCUAUGUUUCGUCUGUAAUCAAGUCAUUGCUGGUGAUGUAUUUACUGCAUUAAAUAAAGCAUGGUGCGUUCAUCAUUUCGCCUGCUCAGUGUGUGAUACAAAGAUGAAUCAAAAAAGUAAAUUUUAUGAAUGUGAUGAGAAGCCAGUUUGCAAACGAUGCUAUGACAAAUUUCCUCAAGAGUUCAGAAGACGAUUACGCAGAGCACAUGAAAAUACCCCUAAAAAGUGAGAUUACUAACAAUAUCUUAAGGAUAAUAACCAAAAAUUUAGUGGUUUAAUGAAUCACUCAUUUUUUUGAUCAAUUCUAGGGUUUGUACAUUAGUGUACCAAAAGAACUAUAAUCAAAGCUUUAUCACAUUUUAAAAUUAAAAUAAUGUGUUAAAAUUUAUUAUAUAUUUUAUUAGAACCUAUAUUCAUGUGCCUGAAUGUUUUUUAAUUGAUAUUUUAUAAUUGUAAUUAAUAUUUCAAAUACUGCCAAGCACAUAUUUUAAGAUAAGUUAUUUUACGUAAAUAAAAUAAUAAGCAAAUUUAAUCUGGGAUCUUGUAUAUUAAUCCCUAGUUUGUCAAGAUUUCCAUUGUCUUAAUUUAUUUCACAACAAAAGUGGAUUGUUAUGAUUUUAUUACUUUUUUCUAUGUAUUUAUUCAAUGGUUCGAUUCCAUAUUCAUUUUUGUAUCUCAAAUUGUACAAAUGAUGCAAACAAAACAAAAAGCCUUUGCGGGAAGUUAGAAUAUAUAUGUGCCUUUAUCCAACCUAAUUCCUGAUAUAACACAUAUUGAAUAUAAAAUUCAAAAAAUGAGAAUUUGAAAAAAAAAAUUAUAAUUAGAUUCUCAAUAAGUUUUGAGAUGUUAAUAGGUUAUGCAAAAUAUAUUUAUUCUAUUUAAAUUCCUCAUAGAUAUUAUGUAUCUUCCAUCAAUAAUUUUAAGUGAAUAAAAUAUUUGAAUAUUGUUUUAAUAUUGAGAAAUAUAUUCAAGCAUAUUCAAUAACACAUAUACUAACCUUACCAAAGCAUGUUAAUAAUAUACACAGAUACACA